GCUGGAUAUUUGUAAAACGUUGAAACAAGUCCAGUCAGCUGUUUGCUGUUAUUGAUGUCGUAACCAUUCUACGAGUCUGAGUUGGAAAUUCGGAAGCAACUUUCAUUCGUGACGACACCGCGCGAAGGUUAUUUGUAUCAAAUUGAUACCUAUUCAUCGUCGUUUGUCAGCUCAAAUGUUACGUUGAAUAGUCACCAACCAUGUCCAGCAGCAGUCGAAGUCGUGUACUGGAUCUCUACAAACGGCUGCAGUACCUCGGCCGGGAGUAUCCCGGUGGGCCGGAAAAGUUUCGCCAGAAGUGCUACAACGCGUUCAAGCGGCAGAGCGGCGAAACCGACCCGGAGAAGAUCCAGCGGGCGAUCAACCUGGGCGAGUACGUGGUGAAGGAGAUCCAAGCGCUGUACAGUUUGCGCAAGUACCGUGCCAUGAAGAAGCGAUACUACGACGAUAAGUGA